AUGUCCGCCCGCAAACUCCAAAUCGGCUGCGCCGGCCUCGGCCGUAUGGGCAAGCGCCACGCCCUCAAUUUCCUGGAGCGCACACCCCGCGCCGACCUCGUCGCCGCCAGCUCGCCCGACCCGGCCGAGCUGGAAUGGGCCAAGACCCACCUGCAGCCGUUCGGCGUGCGCUUGUACCAGGACUACGAGGAGAUGCUCCAGCACGAGGGACUCGAAGCGGUGGUUGUGGCGUCGGCGACGGCCGUGCAUGCUGAGCAGGCGAUCAAGGCGAUUGAGGCGGGGAAGCAUGUUCUUUGUGAGAAGCCGUUGUCGACUAGUGUUGAUGUGUCGCAAUCCGUCGUCGAUGCCGCCGCAAAGAAACCAGACCUAAAAGUCAUGUGCGGCUUCUCGCGCCGCUUCGACGUCUCCUACCGCGACGCCUACAACAAAAUGCAAUCCGGGACGAUUGGAACGCCAGCCGUACUGCGCAGCCAAACCUGCGACAAGCUCGACCCAUCGGGGUUCUUCGUCGCGUACGCACAGUUCUCCGGCGGGAUUUUCGUCGACUGCUCCAUCCACGACAUCGACCUAACGCUGUGGUUCUUCGGCCCAAGCAGCAAGAUCAAGUCCGUGUCCGCGGUGGGAAUCACAGCCGUCGAGCCCGAUCUGCGCAAACACAAUGACCGCGACAAUGCAGUAGGCGUGGUCGAGUUCCACGACGGACGAAUCGCGUAUUUCUAUGCGUCGCGCAUGAUGGCCGCGGGGCAGGAGGAUACCACCGAGAUCAUUGGCACGCGCGGAAAGCUGGCAGUCAACACGCAGCCCGCGCUGAAUCACCUGCAUAUCUAUGAUGACUCUGGCGUGCGGCGCGAGAUCCCGCAGCAUUAUUAUGAUCGCUUUGAGUAUGCUUUUGUUACCGAGGCGAAUGAGUUUACUGCUGCUGUGCUUGAUUAUAAGCCCCUUCCGCUGGAUCUUACGGCUGCGGUGCAGGCGGUUCGCAUUGGGGCGGCGUUGCAGGAGUCGCUGAUUACGGGGAAGAAGAUUCUCUUUGAUGAGAAUGGGAACCGGACUGAGGUUGCUAGACUAUAG